GGCGAGGCAGGGUGACACCCCCCUCCCCCUCCCCCUCCCCAACACUCGGCCAAAACAUUCACAAUAUCCACAUGAGGCUCAAACAAGCAACGGGGAAAUGUCAGUGGCAUUUGGCAUAUACAUUGGCUGUAGCUCCUGUUGUAUUGCCGUUAAUAAGGAUGGAAAAUUUGAAGUGGUGGCUAAUGCUGCGGGAGACAGGGUCACACCUGCUGUUGUUGCUUUCCAUGAUAUGGAAGUGGUGAGUGGAUUAUCAGCCAAGCAGGGAAUAAUUCGUCACGGUGCAAGCACUGUGCUUAAUGUGUUACGGGUGGUGGGUACAGUGGAGGAUGAAGGCGUGUGUCCCUCAAGUAUGUCAUGUCGCCCUAACUGGGAAAGCGGUCAACCACGUUAUGCAGUGCAACGGGGAGAGAAAACUGUACAAGUAUCUGCAGAUGAAGUUCUCGCUCAUAUCUUUUCUCUUCUGAAAGAGAUUGCUAGUGCCCACACAAGUGAGCCAGAACUGCCAGUGGUCAUUACUGUGCCUGCAUGGAGCAGUGAAGGAACAAUUGCUGCUGUGAAGAAGGCAGCAAAUAAAGCUGCUUUCACUGUCCUCACUACAGUUACACAGCCAGCUGCUGCUGUGCUGGCUUAUGGUCUUUUAAAUGACAACAAGCACAUAAUACAAGUGGUAGUACUACAUUGUGGAGGCACAACUGUUGUUGGCUCAGUCGUUGAAGUAGCAGGUGGAAUGCUGACACUGAAAGAGUCUAUCACUUCAUCAGCUGUGGCAGGGGAUGCAUUAACUGAUGUACUUGUUCAACAUUUUGCUACAGAAUUUUACAAAAAAUAUAAAGGUGAUCCUUUAGAGAAUAGGCGAUCAAGAAGGAAACUGUAUAAUGCUGCAGAAAAUUGUAAACAUGUUCUCUCCACCAUGGGAACAGCUCAGGUUUAUGUCGAGUCACUGUGGGAAGGAGUAGAUUUUUCAACAACAUUGUCACGAGCAAGAUUUGAUGGUAUAGUGAGUGCAACACUUGCAGCUUUUCUACAACCAGCUAAGGAGGCUGUUCAUAGGUCUGGUCUUGCCAUGAAUCAGAUACAAAAAGUUGUUCUGACUGGUGGUUCAGCCAAAAUACCUCGUUUGCAACAACUCGUAGGAGAAGCAUUUCCUCAAGCAGAGUUUUUAUGUUCGGUGCCACCUGAUGAAGUGUUGGCUGCGGGUGCAUCCACAGAAGCAGCACAACUGCUGGGUCAGCAAAGUCAUACUCCAGCCUCUUCCUCUAUGGUCCCAGCCCUAGCAACCUCUGUAUUUUGUAUG